AUGGCUAGAAUAGAACAAGAACAAGAAGAAGAUAGAGUAGACAAUAAUGAUGAACUUGACAUUGAUGUCAAUGAUGAUGAUCAUCAUCAAGAGUCAGAGAAAUGGAAGAAGCAUUACUCAUCAAAGCAGAGGAUACUCCUUGUUGGAGAGGGUGACUUCUCCUUUUCUCUCUGUUUAGCCACUGCUUUUGGUUCUGCUCACAAUCUCGUUGCAACUUCCCUUGAUUCCCAGGAGAAUCUUGCAAAGAAGUAUAGUAAUGGACUUAGCAAUGUGAGGGAGCUUGAAGCAAAGGGUUGCCUUGUCCUUCAUGGUGUUGAUGCUAAGGACAUGUGCCAGCAUUUCUUUCUCAAGACUCAGCGGUUCGAUCGCAUUGUCUAUAACUUCCCUCAUGUUGGGUUUCUUUACCCUGAGAAUAGCUACUGCCAGAUUCAGUUGAACAAAAGGUUGGUGAAGGGAUUCUUAGCAAAUGCCAAAGUGUUGUUAAAGAAAGAGGGAGGGGAGAUUCAUGUAACACACAAGGAGGGUGAUCCAUACAACAAAUGGGAUCUGGUAAAGAAGGCAGAAAAAAAAGGGUUGGUCUUGCAACAAGUUGUGCCAUUUUUCAAGGAUGACUAUCCUGGUUAUGACAACAAGAGAGCCUAUGGAAAAUUAUCUGAUGCAUCUUUUGCGCUCGGGGAAUCUAGUACUUACAAGUUCAAGCUCCAAACACCUCCUUUACUCAGUAAAUGAUGAAUGUUCUUACUUCUAAGUGUAUGUUUGUUUGGAAGAUCAAAAUUAUUUUAUAGAUAUCCUCUCCCCCUAAGCUUUUAUGUGCAAAAGAAAAAUGUCAACAAUCUUGGACUUGCAUCUUUUUGUGGAUAUGGUGAUCUAUAAAUACAGAUGAAUGGAGUUUAGUUAACUAUCA